AUGACAGAAAUAUUCGAUAAAGUAAAAAGGCCAACAGAGCAACAAAUUCAGGUAGCGGAUUAUUCUUGCGAAUAUUGUUUAUAAUCGGAUGUUAAUGCAGUGGCACAGUGUUUAUAAUGCAAAAGAUGGUAUUGCAAUUGUGCGACCAAAAGUGGAUCUCACAUAAUCCUUCAUUUGAUUAAGAGCAAGCACAGUUAAAUUAGUUUGCAUGAGCAGAACAAGGUGCAAAUCACGACGAUAGAGUGCUACAUUUGCGAGUAGAAGAACAUGUUCACUCUUGGAUAAGUUAAUGUUAGGGUGGAUGAAGAGGAGAACAUCUUGAUUCUGUGUCGAGGAUGCCUCCCACUGAAACAGUCCGACAAAAUUACUUGGGACUCAAAUGAUUAUGAGCCGCUCAUCAGGGACAAGUGCAUUAAGGAAUGGUUGUUGGGACAAGGAGAAAAAUUGAAUUCCCGGAUGGUUACCUUGGAACGUAUAAAUCAGUACGAGGAGGAAAGGAAGCAAAAGCCAUAAUUAAAAUUCGAAGAUUUCGAUCGAAAGGGUCCAAACCAAUAAUUGAAAGAGGUGCAAUUGAGAUACAGAGAUGCCAAUCACUAUUAGCAAGUAUUUUCUCCGUUGGUGAAAUUGGAAGAAGAAUAAGACAAGCAAGUUAAGGAAGGUCAGGUGUUGCAGAGUGUGAAGGUGAAAUGGGAUUUGAGUUUGAAGAAAAAGAGAUUGGCUUACUUCUUGUAUGGAGGCAGAGAAGAAUUCGACACAAACACUCUUUAAGGAAGUGAAAUGCAAUUAAGUUUAAAAUCUGGAAAUUCCAUUUGGCAAUCCAAGGGAACUGUGGUUAAAGUUAUUAAUAAUGAGGAAAUCUGUUUGGAAUUACAUCAGAAUGAUCCCCCUCCCAAUAAUACAGAUGAGGGUUACACUGUAGAAUGCAUAUGGGUGUCAACUACAUUUAAAAGAAUGUAAAUUGGAUUAAAGACUUUCAAUUUAAAUGAGAGUUCAACUAGCAAUUACAUUUAUAAGAUGAUUUUGGGUAGAAUAGAUACUUUGGCUCCUCCAACUAAAGUGGAGAAUAUUCCACAAAAGUUAUCUGCUCCCAACCUCCCAGAUUUGAAUGUUUAUUAAGCAGAUGCAGUUAAGAAGGCUUUGAAAUCUCCCUUGUCAUUAAUACAAGGACCCCCAGGAACUGGUAAGACUGUCACCAGUGCCACCAUUGUUCAUCAAUUAGUAAAGGCAUUGGAGAAGCAGAAGUAAAGAGGAUAGAUUUUGGUUUGUGCACCAAGUAACAUUGUCGUUGACUAAUUGGCUGAGAAAAUUAACAAAACUGGAGUGAAGGUUGUCAGACUCUGUAGUAAAACAAGAGAGAGUGUGAGUACGACUAUUGAAUUUCUGACAUUACAUAAUUAAGUGAGAAGUUUGGAUAUCCCAUAAUAUCACCAAUUAUAGAUGUUUUAUGAAUUGAUGGAUUAGCAAGGAGAGUUAGAUUAAAAGGAUGAAUAAGUGUUCAUAAGAAUGAGGGAUGAGGCAGAGAAGGAAAUCAUUGAAUAGGCUGAUGUCAUUUGUACUACAUGCAUAGGGUCAGCUGAUAAAAGACUCAAAGACAUGAGAUUCCCAUUUGUUUUAAUUGAUGAAGCAACUUAAGCAAUAGAACCAGAGUGUUUAUUACCCAUGAUAAAGGGAGCUCAACAUGUGAUCUUGGUUGGAGAUCAUAGGCAAUUGGGUCCAGUGGUGUAAAGUCGAGAAGCAGCUUCAGUAGGUUUGGACAGGAGUUUAUUUGAAAGGUUGGUGCAGUUGGGGAUAAGACCUGUUAGAUUGUAGGUUUAAUAUCGUAUGCAUCCUGAACUAACAGUCUUCCCCUCAAAUACAUUCUAUGAAGGCACACUAUAGAACGGAGUCACCAUAAGCGAUAGGACUCAUUCUGGCAAUUUCCCUUGGCCAAACAAGUAGAAACCCAUGAUAUUCAUCAAUGUGUAAGGACAGGAACAACUGUCAGCCUCAGGCACUUCGUAUCUGAACACUCAAGAGGCUGUUGCUGUUGAACAAGCAGUUUAUUAUCUAUACUAGAACACAGUCAAAUUGAACAAGAUCGGAAUCAUCACUCCUUACAAAGGACAACGCACAUAUAUAAUUUCCUAUCUCCAAAGGAAUGGACAACUCCCGUAUAAUCAAUACAGAGACAUUGAGGUUGCUUCAGUGGAUGGUUUCCAAGGUAGAGAGAAGGAUUUCAUUAUUAUCUCAUGUGUCCGUUCAAAUGACACUCAAGGCAUAGGUUUCUUGACGAAUCCUAGGAGAUUGAAUGUCACAAUCACCAGAGCUAGGUUUGGAUUGAUAAUCAUAGGGAAUGCGAGAGUAUUGUGCAAAGACAAUCUUUGGAACAAUAUGUUGAAUCACUUUAAGGAUCUGGACUUGUUGAUGGAGGGUUCAUUGCCCAAUCUUAAACCAAGUUCUAUGAAAUUUAGGCCGCCUUAAAAGUUCAUUCCAGAACGACGUAAUAACACUAUGAAUGGAGCCAAUGACGAAAAGAGUGUUUAUUCAUAUGCAUAGACAGAUAACCUAAAUUAAUUUGACCAUGAUUUGGGUGAUUUCCCAUUAACCAAGGGAAUCAGGAACAGUGAAUUUGGAUUCAAUUUUAUACCAGACACUCAAGCUUUCGUCAAGGUGGCUGAUUAGAAUGAAAUCAGAAAAAACCAAGAUUUAAAAGAGAUUGAUUAAACCAAUGUAAUUAAUGUUGGAUAAUACCCUUCGUCGAUCAUGUAAAUUGGAACAUUCUAAAAUGAUUUACAAUUGGAUGUCUGAGCAAUGGUGACUUGAUGUAAGGUUUGAAAGGAAUUA